GGUGGUUGGAGCUCAAUUUUCAAAUACAGGAGCAGCAGGAGCGUUGCUUCCUCUAAAUUAAAUGGGUAUGGCUCCACAACCACAACCUCCAUUUUCCUAUAAAAAUCCAAGGCUGCGUUUGAUGUUCCCCAUCAGCCAUCUCCUCCUCUUUCUGGUCCGGGUUUUCUUUGCUUCUGCGAGGUCUGCAAGAACCUCGCAGGAACAAAGAAACCCGUCAUCAUAUCCCAGCUGUAGACAGCCACACCCAUUUCGAUAACUGGGAGUUGGAACUUUUCUCUUGUAUACUCAAGAGCACCCGCACCAGCCUCAAGGCUCAGACCCUGCCACACUCAUUUCUUACAAUCACAAUCAAAAUCAAUCAUGGGUGUGAGAUCCAAGAGGCUUUGGAAUGUUCUCAAGGUGACCCUGAUUCUAAUGGCAAGAAAAGGUCUAAUCUCCAAGCGAAGGUUCAUCAUGGACAUGAAUUUGAUGGUCAAGAGAGGGAAGCUGUUCAAAAAAUCUGUGUCCAACUUCAUGUUCAGCGGCAGAGAUGUGGCACAUGGCAGUUUCGGCCUACAGGAUUAUGAAUUCUCCUGCAGCAACACUCCCAUUAAUCCUGUUUUUUCCCAUGUGUCAAAGCGCAGCACCAAAUACCACGCUUACUUCCCCUGUAUCAAUCUUCCUGUGGAAAUGGAAACAAAGCAGCAGCAACAAGAACAGGAAGAAGAAGAUGGAGAUGAAGAGGCCUACGCCUACCUACACCCACAACCCAAAGCCUUUACUUUUCAACCCAUGACUCCCGAGAAAGGAAGCCCACUCCUUUCCCCAUUCUCUGUACGAAUAUCCAACUAUUCCUCUGAGGAGGAAAAUGAAUGUAGCAGUGAAAGUGGACAAGUGGACAAUCAGGCUGAGGACUUCAUCACAAGGUUCUAUGAACAGCUAAAGAUGCAACGACGCCUGCAACUACUGCAAUAUACUUGAACUCAACCAACCUUAUUCCUCUCAAGUCGUCUGCUUUCCACUGAUGCAUUUUGUUAUUCUUUUGUCGCUUUCGACAAACUUGGGAUUUGAGAAAAUACAUUACAGGAUUCUACUUUUAUGAGUACAUCUGAGCAUUGAAUAACUAUUUAAGUUGUCGUU